UGGAAAAAAAAAAAAAAACAUAACAGCCAAGAUGAGGAGGAUGAGGAAGAAAGGAAAUUAAAUAAAUUAAAAGCAUCCCAGAACUUAAAAUUACUACAAUAUGUGAGGUUAAAAAAGAAGGGAAUAAAUGCGGACAACUUAAGUAAUGAUAACAUAACCACACAGGAUGAAGAAAAUGAAAAUAAAUUGCACGAAAAACAUUUCACCAAAAAUGUUACGGAGAAGGAAAUCGAAGAGGCACACAUAGAAAAUUUUAUUCGAAAAAAUAUGGAUCAGUUUUACCAAGAAGCUAAGCGGAGCAACUGCAAAAGUGGCGCCGACGACGCUGUCAGCGUUGGUACCAACGAUGGUGAUUACGAUGGUGAUAACAAUGGUGAUAACAAUGGUGAUAACAAUGGUGAUAACAAUGGUGAUUACGAUGGCGAUUACAAUGGCGAUUACAAUGGCGAUUACAGUGGCGAUGCCCACGCAGGUCAUGACCCCGUGAAGGAUCUGUACAAACUGUCGGAUCACCUAAAAGUUAAAAGCUCGGUUGUCAGUAACCAGGAGAAGCUAAACUGCAUCACAGGCAUAACGGAGAUCCCCUUGCCCAUCGAGGUGAAACUCAAAAAUAUUGAAGAGACGGAAAAAAUCAAGAGGAAGCUCCUGAAGAAGGCCAAGCUUGUAAAUUGA